AUGUCUUUUUCAAUUGCUGAAUUGAAUUCCAUCUGGCCGUCCUUACAGAGACGUUUAGGUCUAGUAGCUCUUCACAUCGGUGCCCCCUAUCUCCUGGACAAGAGCUUGACCCGGCUCUCCUACCACCUUGAAGCAGGCUACAGGAUACCCAACCUCUCUGAUGAUGUCAACAACCGGCUACGUCUUUGGUUGCCCUCCGUCAGGCGUGCAUUGACCUUCGUCAAUCGUAUCCACAUGGCUGUUUUCUACCUACGAGGGCUCUUCUAUCACAUUGCCAAGAGAUUUUCCGGAGUGCAAUAUCUUCAAGUCAGAAGGAGUGCAGUAUCCCAGGCCCUGCAGAAAAGCUUUCACAUUCUUGGCUGGUUAUCAGGUAUUCAGCUCAGUGUCAGUCUGCUAUGGCAUGCAUUACAACUCAGAAACAUGAUGAUCCACCAGUCUGGGGAAGAAUCUGAGGAAGAGGACAGUAAUCCUGCCAAUGAUGCGCAGGUUGUUGACCCAAGAUGGCGCUGUUCACUAUGCCUGGAACGUCGUAAGAACACGACAUGCCCUCCCUGUGGUCAUCUAUACUGCUGGCAGUGUAUCAUGGAGUGGUGUCGAACAAAGCCGGAGUGUCCAAUAUGCAGAGAUGGCUUCCACGCGUCGAGACUCGUCCGUCUUCAGAACUAUGACAAGAGAUGACAGGAACCGUCUUCAGAACUAUGACAAGAGAUGACAGGAGAUCUUAGAAGAUUUAGCCGACCAGCAUUCCAUGAUUAUUGCCAAAGUAUCAAGCUAAGAUUGGUUUUAUGUGCCAAACUUCAUCAGUACAAAUGCAGAAUUAUGCUUUAGUAUUUUUAUUUUGAAUCUGUGAUUGGGUAAGGGGAGUGGUGGUGAUAUUGAUGGGGGAGGGGGGGGGGGGGUAACAGAGAGCUAUUCUCUUUUGUAAGUACCACAAGUUCGAAUGGGCAAAAUGGGUGAUUACAAGUUCAGUGUUAACCUUUUGGUGUUGGUGUUGGGUCAGUUUUUAUAUUAGAAUAACACCAAGCAUAGAAUGAAAAUGUUCUGAAAUCUCACUCACUAGGUGUUGAGCUGUUGUAUUUUGAUCUGGAAUCUGAAUUGGUUUUGGAGCUAGGAAACGCAAGCCAAAUUCUGCUAAUUCAAACAUCAACACUAGACUUGAAAUCUGUUAUUUCAUGAUUUCAUUCAUGACUAUUUACUAGAGUGCAUCCCCACUGCAUGUUCUGGGGCCCCUUUGCUUAAUGAGUUGUAAUCGGUCGCAACUCAAAAAUCAAUCGCAAAUUAAUUUUCAACCAAUCAAAAUUUUGCAUCUAGGACUUGUGCUUGAUUUUUUGAGUUGGGAUUUUAAAUGCAACUCUUUCUUAAAUGAGUGAUGUAUAACAGUAUGAUGAUGGGUCAUACACCACAUUCAUUGAUGAAUUCAAUAGACUUCAUGUCACACUGAUCUUUUGGUGUAGUAGCGCUCAAAUAUAAGUCAGUUUAAUUGACUGAGAAUCAUGCUUAUUUCUAAUGAAAAAAAACCCUUUAAGUCAGUGUAAUUGACUGAGUUAUUCUUAACUUUUAUGUGGAACAGCUCCCACACGUAUAAGCCAAUUUGAUUAACUUUGAGUCACACUUGUCUCUGAGAAACAGCAUCCAAAUGUGAGUCAGAUUAAUUGACUGAGUUGCUUAGUGGAACAGCUCCUUCAUAUUUUAGUUAGUUUGAUUGCCUUGGAGUCACAAUCAUCUCUGAGACACCGCCCCAAAAUUAAUGUCAAUUUUCAUUGAAUUGACUUUGAGUCACUUUUCUCUUUGUGAAACAGCUACCAAAUGUAAGUCAAAUUAAUUGACUCUGAAUCACAAAUUUUACUCUGAAACAGCACACAAAUGUUAGAUUAAUUGACUGAGUUACUCUUAACCUUUUUUAUGGAGCAGCUCCCACAUGUAUAAGCCAAUUUGAUUAACUUUGAGUCACACUUAUCUCUGAGAAACAGCAUCCAAAUGUAAUUCAGAUUAAUUGACUGAGUUGCUCUUAACCUUGUUUGUGGAACAGCUCCUCAGAUAUAAGUUAGUUUGAUUGCCUUUCAGUCUCUGAGACAUUGCCCCCACUAAAUUAAUGUCAAUUUUCACUUUAUUCACUUUAAUUUGAUCUCAAGCUUGAAAGAGAGCACGUGCAGUAAAUAAUUACUUCCGGGGCAUUGUUGAUUUCCAUGCUCAGUUCUUCGUCGAUAUUUAAUGAUGCUCUUCCAAAAAACCCGAUAAAAUUUCACAAAUUAGUUUAUUUUUUGUGAUUUUUUUAUCUGGACACGAUCGAGCGUUCCCUCGAAGGUAAGUUUACCGCAUAUUAUGGUUUGAUUCGUAGUUUAAAAGUGACAUUUUCGGACUGAUCCGAAGGGUUUUCUGUUGUUUUCUCAGCAGCUUGUUGCAGUCGAAUAAUGUAUUGACUGAACUCUGUGAAGAUUUUAUGUGAGCGAUUGCUUGCGUUUUCUGAAUAUAUUUUUGAAAAUAGGCCAAAACAUGCUUUGCGAAUGAAAAUUUUCUGUAGAAAACUAAACAUAUUACGUAAGAGUUUUUGCUGAACCCCAGAAAAGCGGAGCAGCGAAAUGAGAUUUCUCUCAGCCGUGCGAAUUACGUUACAUUAUGUCGCAUGUCUCUCAGCUUGAGCCCGAAUCUCGGAGAGAUAUUUACGACAACUGAUCGAGACCACCUGUUCUUUUAACCUUCAGGCGCGAAUUUUAAAUCCAGCAGCGGAUCUCCCUCUUCAAAGGGCUUGACAGAGUCAGUAGUCCAUUUGCUAGUAGGUCCAUGUCUUCCAAAAGAAUUGAGUAGAUGAUGUGAGUUUUUUUCCACGUUCUGAUCACCUCAGGGCUCGCAGUUAUUUCUCUUUUAACAUGUCUUUGAUACCAACAUUCAGAUUCUUUAAGUUAGAUUUUGUCAUUUUUUUUUUACACUUUCUCUAGUGUGAAAAAAAGCGAAACACAUCAUCAUUAACUUUGAAAAGACCACCUCUAUUCUGUAAAUUUAGCCAUGUCAUUGAAUAGGAUAAGAAAGAAGGAGCAAAAGUAGUAAGUUCAUCAUUCACUUGCCACUGCUUCAGAAGGGUAACAUAAUCUCUUGCCUGUUGAGACUUCAUUUUUUUUAAUACUUAUUUAUGAGAGAAAAAGGUACAAAUCCUGCAAUAUACCUUAACACCUGCAUGUCAUGAUCAUUGUGAGAUGUUGUCAUUGCAGUUGCUGGCUCUUUAUCAUGCACAUGUAGGUCCUUAAUGCACUGGUUGAUGACAACAUCUCCCAGGACAGUUCUCAGUACAUAUUGAUGGAGUAAGUUUUUCACUAUCGCCUUUCCUCCGACACCCAACAACGUAUCGAUUCCCACUUCCCUUUCGCCUCUUUACUUGUUCGCAAUUUGUGGAAAACAGUCCAAAUCUGCAUUAGCCCUGCUUGAGAAUUGAGUGCACCUUGUCCUGCCUCAAUGGUGCCCAGUAUGUCUUUUAGUAAAUCAUGACAAAAGUCAGUAAACUUCUCCAUUGUUGCCUCUUUCAAAAUCCUUUGUGCUAGAUGGACAACCUCACCACCAUAUCCAACUGGGAUGUUGAAUUUGGAGUCAACUACAGCUUUCUCAAGUGUGCAUUUCACUAUGUCUCCUGCUGAAUUUAAAACCGUUUCACUGUCUACCUCGGGAUGGAAUCUUGUUUUUAUUACUGUGAGGAUAAAACUAGAACUGCAAUCGUUUCAGAACGAUGUGCAUGCAUUGACGCGUCUGAUUGAAAGGUCAAGUCCACCUCAGAAAAAUGUUGAUUUAAAUCAAUAGGGAAAAUCAGACAAGCACAAUGCUGAAAAUUUCUUCACAAUCGGAUGUAAAGUUAUGACAUUUCAAAGUUUCGCUUAUUUUUAACAAAAUAGUUAAUGAACGAGCCAGUUACAUCCAAAUGAGAGAGAUGAUGAUGUCACUCACUCAAAAUGGCGCAUGCACUGUCAUGCAUGAAUGAUUUUAGAAAAUGAAAUAAGAGGUACACAAUAAUGCAUCAUGGACAACAUGUCUACCAAAUCGGAAUAAAUUUGGAUGAGGAGCGGAGGCAGGGGAGGACUAACAAAAAUUACAUGUUAAUCAAAGUGGAUUUUGGUACAUUUUGCCCUCCAUAGGAAGUUACAUUCUCGAGUCAAACAGAUUUCGUCCAUUUUUAGACCAUAUGGCCGCUCAACAAAGAGAGAGAAGGGAGAGAAAGACACAGAGAGAGUGAUAUGAAUAAGCAUACAAAUUUCCCUGACAGUUCAUUAACGUAUCUCAGUGUAAAGAAUGAAGCAGAACGAUGUGCAUGCAUAAAACGUUAUGCCAUAGACAUUGUGUACAAUUCUGUUGUUGAUAAUGUGUGCAUUGUGAGUAGUAUACCAUGUGUUCAGAUUGGCUUAUCUUGAAAUUUUCUGUUGUAACCUAUGUCGUAUUUGGUAUCACUGGAUAGAGCAUUCCCAUGCGGUGACAUUGAUACCACUUUUAUUUGUGCGCAAGCAAUAGACCGGAAGUAAAUGCCAUAUAAAGAAAGACAUUAAAAAUGACAGUUUUGCACAAUAAUCUUAAGCUGACGUCAGCUCUGUGUCAGUUUCUGUUACAAAAGGUUGACGAACGGUUGAAGUAUAUAUCAAUACUCAUAUCUGACAAAUUAGAAAGGAUAAGCUUCAAAAAUAAGGAAAUAAGAGCAAGUUGAAGUUGUGGUGGCAUUAUAGUGCAUUUUUGCGUAUUUUGCUGAUUUUCGGGAGCAUUUUUCAGAUAUUUUGUCAGUGGUAAGCUAUAUAUUUUUCUAAAUGGCAUGAAAGGGCAUAUCUUGAACACCCUAAAUUUAAAAAAGGGUACGGGUUUGGCCAUGCAUGACGCAAUGAGGAGCAUUCAAAGGUAAGCGUUUUUGAAAAUUUAGAGGGCGCUAUUUCAAAAACGGAAGGUCAGUGAUGCGUAAAAACUAUCUCGAAUGUAUGAUAUGGUACCAGUAUCAACACUUGAAAAUAUGAGCUCAAAAUGAAUAAAAACAAGAAAGUUAUGGCCAUAUUACGAUUUUUUGACUUUACAUUUCAAUAAAUAUGAAUUUUUUGAAGGAAGGCUAUUUCGAAUUUCAAUUUAGGACAUGAAGAUGGCAUUUUGAAGGUCAAGUUAUACGUCGCAGAUGAUGGAGCAACUCUUUGACUAUCUAUAGCAAUUUGUUAGAAGUCUGUGGCAUGCAGGAUGCGGGAGUUAGGACGAGAUUAGUAAUGGUAUGCAAAUGGACUUGAAAUUUACAAAAUGGCGUUAAACAAAUGGGAUUUUGUGGAAGAAGAAGAAGAAGACGACGGAAUAGGAAUACGGAACAAGAACAAUGCAUUGUCGCCAUUGGGCGUCAAUGCAAAAAGACAUCUAAGGAUAAUAUUUAAAAAUAUUAUCAGCAUUUAUAGCACUUCGUCCUUCUCUAUGUCCUAAAAAAGCUAUAAAAAAAACCCAACAAUAUGAGGAUAAUGUG